UCAGUCUUCAUCUUCUUCUUCUUCUAUCUCUCCGACUCCACCUGCCCGUUUACCUGACCAGAGAUCUGUUAUUGCCACAACAAACCCAUUUGUUUAUUUGCUUCAAUCGCCUUUCUUUGGGUGUCAAUCAAUCAAUCUAUCGAUUUUCUCAUCACAUAAUCUGCUUAGGCAAAGAUGGAUCUUCAAAGUCUGUCUAUUAUUCUCCAAGCUGCACUCAGUCCCAAUCCAGAUGAGAGAACAGCCGCUGAAGGAAGCCUCAAUCAGUUACAACAUACCCCCCAGCAUUUGUUGAGACUGUUGCAGAUUGUUGUAGAUGGGAAUUAUGAUAUGGGAGUUCGACAAGUUGCCAGUAUCAACUUCAAGAACUUUAUUUCAAAAAAUUGGUCACCUAAUGACACAACUGAACAAUCACAAAUAUUGCCGAGUGAUAAAGAUCUGGUUAGACAAAAUAUUCUUAUAUUUGUUACACAAGUGCCUCCCUUACUAAGAGUACAAUUAGGAGAAUGCCUCAAGACAAUUAUCCAUGCAGACUAUCCAGAGCAAUGGCCAAGUCUUUUGCAGUGGGUGAAACACAAUUUGCAGGACCAGGCUCAGCAAAUAUAUGGAGCUCUAUUUGUUUUAAGGAUUCUUUCAAGGAAAUAUGAGUUUAAGUCUGACGAGGAGAGGACACCAGUUUCUCAAGUUGUGGAUGAGACUUUUCCUCAUCUAAUCAACAUAUUCAACGGGCUUGUUCAAUUGAAUAAUCCUUCUCUGGAAAUUGCUGAACUGAUCAAGCUGAUCUGCAAAAUAUUCUGGUCGUGCGUAUAUCUGGAGAUUCCAAAGCAAUUGUUUGAUCCAAACAUAUUCAAUGCUUGGAUGGUUCUUUUCUUGACUAUAUUGGAGAGGCCUGUCCCAGAAGAAGGUCAACCUGCUGACCCAGAGCUUAGAAAAUCUUGGGGAUGGUGGAAGGUAAAAAAGUGGACAGUUCAUAUUUUGAAUCGGUUAUAUACCAGAUUUGGGGACUUGAAGGUUCAUAAUCCAGGAAACAGAGCUUUUGCCCUAAUGUUCCACAAAAAUUAUGCUGGAAAAAUCUUGGAAUCGCAUUUAAAUUUGUUGAAUGUGAUUCGAUCUGGUGGCUACCUGCCAGAUAGAGUUACCAAUCUUAUCUUGCAAUACCUAAGCAACAGUCUCUCAAAGAUUAGUAUGUACAAUCUGCUGCAACCAAAGCUUGACAUUGUUCUUUUUGAGAUUGUUUUCCCACUUAUGUGUUUUAAUGACACCGAUGAAAAGCUUUGGGAAGAAGACCCACAUGAAUAUGUCAGGAAGGGAUAUGAUAUAAUUGAAGAUCUUUACAGUCCUAGGACUGCCGCCAUGGAUUUUGUUAGUGAGUUAGUAAGAAAGCGUGAUAAAGGGAACCUUCAAAAGUUUGUUCUAUUCAUUGUUGAGAUCUUUAGGAGAUAUGAAGAGGCACCAGUGGAACAUAAAUCAUAUCGCCAGAAAGACGGUGCUCUUCUUGCUAUAGGAACACUAUGUGAUAAACUGAAGCAAACAGAACCUUACAAAUCUGAAUUGGAGCGCAUGUUAGUUCAACAUGUCUUUCCUGAAUUCAAAAGUCCUGUUGGUCAUCUGAGAGCCAAGGCUGCAUGGGUUGCAGGGCAAUAUGCUCAUAUUAAUUUCUCCGUCCCAAAUACUUUCCAACUAGCAUUGCACAGUGUGGUGGCUGGCAUGCGUGACCCAGAACUUCCAGUUCGUGUUGAUUCUGUAUUUGCUUUGCGGUCAUUUGUUGAAGCUUGCAAAGAUUUGGGUGAGAUUCGUCCCAUUCUUCCCCAGUUACUGGAUGAGUUCUUUAAGCUUAUGAAUGAAGUGGAGAAUGAGGAUCUUGUCUUUACACUUGAAACCAUUGUGGAUAAAUUUGGAGAGGAGAUGGCGCCAUAUGCUCUUGGAUUAUGCCAGAAUCUGGCUGCCGCCUUUCAGAAGUGCAUGAACUCUGCAGAAGCAGAUGAGGAAGCUGAUGACCCUGGUGCUUUGGCUGCAGUAGGCUGUCUACGUGCAAUUAGCACAAUACUUGAAUCAGUGAGCAGACUUCCUGACCUAUUUGUUCAAGUUGAGCCAACUCUACUUCCUCUUAUCCACAGAAUGUUGACAACUGAUGGACAAGAGGUAUUUGAAGAAGUUUUGGAAAUUUUGUCAUAUAUGACCUUUUUCUCACCUACAAUAUCCAUUGACAUGUGGACUUUGUGGCCAUUAAUGAUGGAUGCAUUGGCUGAUUGGGCCAUUGAUUUCUUCCCAAAUAUAUUGGUUCCAUUGGAUAACUUUAUAUCCAGAGGUACUGGACACUUUUUGACCUGCAAGAAUCCGGACUAUCAGCAAAGCCUUUGGAAUAUGAUUUCAUCGGUUAUGGGAGAUAAAAAUUUAGAAGAUAGUGAUAUUGAGCCUGCUCCAAAACUCAUUCAAGUUUUAUUUCAGAACUGUAGAGGGCAGGUAGAUCAAUGGAUUGAGCCUUAUGUUAAAAUUAUUGUUGAGCGGCUGCAAAGAACAGAGAAGCAAUAUUUGAAAUGUCUUUUACUGGAAGUGAUUGCUGAUGCUCUGUACUACAAUGCAUCUUUGACCCUUAACAUACUGCAAAACUUCAGUGUUGCUACUGACAUCUUCAACCUUUGGUUCCUGAUGUUACAGCAAACUAAAAAGAGUGGUGUUCUCGCUAAUUUUAAAAGAGAAAAUGAUAAGAAGGUUUGUUGCUUGGGUUUGACAUCAUUGCUUGUGCUGCCUCCUGGUCAGUUGCCCGGGGAAGCUCUUGACCGUGUUUUCAAAGCAACUCUUGAUCUUCUUGUCGCCUAUAAGGAACAAGUUGCAGAAUCUGCAAAGGAAGCUGAGGCAGAGGAUGAGGUUGAGGAUGAUGAUGACAUGGAUGGAUUACAAUCUGAUGGUGAAGAUGGUGGUGAAGGCUCUGAUAGAGAAAUGGGACUUGAUGAAGAGGAUGGUGAAGUAUUUGACAGCGCGAGACUUCAAAAGUUAGCUGAACAGGCAAAGGCUUACCGUCCAGCAGCUGAUGAAGAUGACGAGGACACAGAUGACGACUACAGCGAUGACGAAGAAAUGCAAUCUCCAAUAGACGACGUUGACCCCUUUAUUUUCUUUGUGGAGUCUGUUAAAGUUCUGCAAGUCACAGAUCCGAUGCGGUUUCAGAAUCUUAUGCAGGGGCUUGAUUUCCGAUAUCAAGCACUUGCUAAUGGCAUUGCUCAACAUGCCGAACAGAGAAGGGUGGAACUUGAAAAGGAACAAUUGGAGAAAGCAUCUGCCUCGGUUGCUGCUGCAUCGUGAAAAGUUCUCUUCCCUGUUUUGUAUGAAUUUGUUGUAUAGAGUGUGCUGGAGUCCACUGGUUUGACUGGCUAUGGAUGUCAGGACCACCAAAUUGUGGAGUAGGGACUCCAACUGCUGCUCGUGCUGUUCAGUUCUUGUUGUUCGUCACGUCUCUUAUGGCAAAAGGCGUCGUUUUGUUUUUCCUACAUUCUCUAUUUGUUUGUACUAUCAUAAUCCAGAUUGGGUUAUAAAUAUCUUGAACCAUAGUGGAGUUAGGAUUUUGGUUUUGUAUUGCAUACAAAGGGUGUAUGCCAUUGUUAUGGUCUUCAUUUGAUAGAAUUCUUAUUAGCAAUUUUGCGAAAUUUAUUUAGUGGGGCGGGUUAGAAAUUGGAAUUGGAAUGGAUGGUUUUGUGAGCGAUCGGACGAUUUUGGAUUCAUGAAAACAGGAGCCCCAAAUCAUUGUUUAUGUUCUAUUGAAUUGAUAAAUUGUUGUUAUUUUUAUAAGAAACUUGAUACAUUUGAUAAACUCAGCAGAUUUGGUUACAAAAUAGUGUAAUCAGUAGUUAGAAUUAUUUUAGUUACAAUGAUUUUUAUUUUAUUUUUGAAUUUGUGUAUGUUA